CUCAUGAAUUUCAAAGCUUUAAUUGAAGAAUCAGAAAUAAGAAAGUUUCCAGACAAUGAUUUAUUGCGACAUCUCCGAUUAGUUACUCAAGAUGCAGAGAAAUGUGCCUCAGUUGCACAGCAACUUCUUAAUGGCAAGAGGCAAACAAGAUACCGGUCUGGAGGAGGAAAAUCUCAAAAUCAGCUGACCGUAAAUGAACUCCGCUUAUUUGUUAGACAACUGUAUGCUUUACCAUGUGUCCUUACCCAAACAACAUUACUGAAGGAUCUUCUUAAUCGUGUAGAAGACUUUCAGAAAUACAGUGAAAAACUCCUCUCUGAAGAAAUUCCCAGUGCUUCAGAACUACAAGAACUCUUAGAUGUCAGUUUUGACUUUGAUGUUGACCUUCCCCAGCUUGGUGAAUUAAGAAUACGCUUAGAACAAGCACGCUGGUUGGAAGAUGUGCAAAAUGUUUGCUUGGACCAUACUUCUCUCACUCUUGAUGAUAUGAGAAGGCUCAUAGACUCUGGUGUUGGACUAGCACCUCACCCUGCAGUCGAGAAGGCAAUGGCCAGGCUGCAAGAACUUUUAACAGUGUCUGAACACUGGGAUGACAAGGCUAGAACCCUGAUAAAAGCCAGACCACGACAGUCAUUAAGUAGUCUUGAAGCAGCAGUGAAGGAAAUAGAUGAUAUCCCUGCUUAUCUUCCAAAUGGAAUAGCUCUGAAAGAUGCUGUAAAGAAAGCCAAAGACUGGCUACAAGAAGUGGAGAGCCUCCAGGCUGGUGGACGUGUUCCUGUGUUAGAUACACUUGUAGAACUUGUCACAAGAAGUCGCUCUAUUCCGGUUCAUCUGGAAUAUCUGCCAAGGCUAGAGUCUUUAGUGGCUGAAGUUCAAGUUUGGAAAGAGUGUGCAAGCAAUACUUUCUUGACUGAGGGCUCUUCUUAUUCUCUUUUGGAGGUGUUAUGUCCAAGAUGUGACAUUGGAACAUCAGGAUUUAAAAGAAAAACAAAGAAAACAAAAGAAUCAGUUCCAAAUGGGAAAAAAAAGAGCACCAAACUUGAGAGCUUAUGUGAUUUAGAAAGAGCAUUAUCUGAGAGUAAGGAAACUGCGGCUGCGAUGGCCACACUUGGUGAAGCCCGUUUAAAAGAAAUGGAAGCACUGCAUUCUCUGAGAGCAGUAAAUGAAGAAAAAAUCUUUUCUGAUGAACAGAAUGUAGAGAUCAAAGUUUGCCUCUGUCAGAGAGAUCCAGCAGCACCAAUGAUACAGUGUGAGCUGUGCAGAGGAAUAUUCCAUACUAGCUGUGUUUCAAUGCCCAGCAAUUUGCAGGGACCUUGGGUAUGGCUUUGUCCUCACUGCCAUAGAUCUGAAAAGCCACCUUUAGAAAAGAUUCUACCUUUACUGGCCUCCUUACAGCGAAUUCGAGUGAGACUGCCUGAGGGAGACGCCUUACGGUAUAUGAUAGAGAGAACCGUGAACUGGCAACAUAGAGCACAACAAAUGUUAUCCUCAGGGAAUAUAAAACUUUUACAAGAUAAAGUGGACUCAGGGAUAUUGUAUAGCAGAUGGCAAACCAUGGCAGGCCAAUUGCAGGAGACUAAUAAGGUUUCACAGACAAUUGGUGCCACAUCUUUCUCAUUGCCUCAUGAGUGGAAUAACAGACCCAUGCAUUUACACUCUUCUUUUUCUACAGGACAAAACUGCAUUCCCCUUCAUACCAUAAGUACAGAAUUGAAUGAGCUAAUGAUGGAAGCCCAGUUACUACAAGUAUCACUACCUGAAAUACAAGAGCUAUAUGAGAUCUUAUUUACAAAGCAAAAGUCAUUAAUAGGACCAACAAGUGAAAAAAAUGAUUGUCGAGGGAAGAGAGAUGGAAUCUGUUCUAUGGAAAAGAAACUGAAGAGACGCUUUGAAAGAGAGGAUUUCUGCAGUGAGAUGAGAACAAGAGUAAGAAAAAUAGCUCCAAACAAGAAAAAAAUGAAAUUGACUCAUUUGAGGGAGCUGAGUAAUAGCAAGUUAGAAAGAGAGAGGCUGUUUGACAUUCAGCAUACCGAUGAAAGUCAGUUGCUUUUUUCAGAAAUGUCAUUCUCUGAACAGGAAGACUCUGAAGAUGAGAAUGCCAUUUGUCCAGCUGUCAACUGUCUACAGCCUGAAGGUGAUGAGGUGGACUGGGUCCAGUGUGAUGGCUGCUGCAAUCAAUGGUUUCAUCAAGUGUGUGUGGGUGUUUCUCCAGAGAUGGCAGAAAAAGAAGACUAUAUUUGUGCAAGCUGUACCAGAAAGGAUUCUCCAUAUCGAAAGUAAAUCACCUGAUGAGCAUUCAGGACUGUACAAGAGAAGAUGAGAUUUUUCUCCAUAAAGCCACUAGGCUGGUUUUAGAGCCACAUUGCAAAUGGUGCUACUUCUGUCCUCAUGGGAUCAUUUUUCAGACUUAAAACAAUUUGACACUUUUGUAUUUUUAUUCUUUAAGCUGUUUGUGGUUAUUAAGGUUUGAAAUGCUGACUCUUUUGGUCCAGGGGUUUUCGCCAGUUUGGAAGGCAUCAAGACAUGCACCUUUUCAUGUAUAGCAUUAAAUUACCUCUUCGGAAUCUACCAGCACACUUAAAUCAACUCUGUCUAGGUGCAAAGCAGUGCACUAAGCAUCCCCAUAUAACUCUUUUUGAAGAAAUCCCUGUUUACUCUUGAACAUUUUUAAAAAUGUUAGAUUUCCCCCAUUUUGAUUUUGUAGACUAGAUUUAUUUAUCUGAGCAAUAACUUCUGUGUCUGCUUUCAGUGACUGGAAUUAUAAUUCUGAACAGCGUGUUGGUGCUUUUAGCAUUGGUUAAUGUACAGACAGCAAAUGUUUAGGUUCUAGUAUCACUGAUGAGACUAGUGAUGUAGGAGACAGGAAAGCUCUGUAAAGUAAUGGCCACAGCUGUAUUUUGGCUUUUUCUUUUUUGGUAGCUUGUAUCAAAUGUUGCAGUUUAUAUUGUGGAAUAAACAAAUGGUUAUGUUACAAAAUUCAA